UGUUUGCUAUCAACAAACUAAAGCUGCAGCUACAUUUCGGGAAUUUGGACUGUUUUCACGUAUAGAGGGCAACAUGCAUUGAUACCAGACUUGACAUUUAACGGGGACAUGUUACAUACUUUUGAAGAGUGUUCUGACUGAAGAGGAAUUACCAGGAAAACUUCAUUGUGCUGUUGACUUACUAGCUCGGUAGCUAGCUAAGUUAGCUGGAGUGCUUGUUAAAUUCGACUGGUCCAGAAGCCAGUUUAGCUCCGAUAGCUCCGUUUUCUUUUCAAUUUUAUCCUUUUAAGUACUAGACUCCAAAGCAGUCGUUUGGACAGUUUGGUGCCUCCUUAGGUUCCUGCCAUGGCUGACAGCAGCAUAGUGACUUCAGGGACAACCCGGAGUCUGUUGGUGGAUUCUUCGGUUUAUGAUUCAAGGAUCGCCGAAACCACCAAGGACCAUGUAUUUCUGGGCAUGGCAUGUGAAGAUGGGGAAGAUAUGCUGCCAAAAGUGGAGACCAGGGUUGUUCUGGUGGGAGAAGCAGGCAGAAAUGGAGCACUGGUCAAAGCACUGCAGGCCAUCAGAGUAAUGGAGGUACCGGUGGUAAAGAUAAGAGAAGGCGAGGCGGGUGCCGAAGAGAAAAUGAUGAUAAAAUCUAUAGUCAUUAUGGACAUCAACACCCCGUGCAUAAUGACAGACAACGUCCAGGAGUUUGGAGAUGAAGAGAACACUGAUUUUGAGACAGUGUUUGUCCUCACGAACUUUGAUUCUCCUGACUACAGCUACCUCUACAAACGUGACAAUCGCAUCAUUGGACCUCCGGUUGUUCUGCGUUGUGCUGCAAAGGAAGAACCUCUGCAAUUUUCAUGCCGUCCUCUCUAUUCCACCACCAUGCUCAACCUGUCGCUGUGUUUCACCGGCUUCAGGAACAAAGAGGAAAUGAAGAACUUGGUGAAUCUGGUUCAUCACAUGGGUGGGACCAUCCGGAAAGACUUCAGCACCAAGGUCACUCAUCUCAUCGCCUACUCCACUCAUGGGGAGAAAUACAAACUGGCAGUGUCCCUGGGGACGCCCAUCCUCACUCCAUCAUGGAUCCAUAAGGCCUGGGAGAGAAGAGAUGACGUGCACUUCCAUGCAGGAGAAGAGGAAUUUCGAAUGGAGUUCAAAGUUCCUCCCUUCCAGGACUGCAUCCUCAGUUUUCUGGGUUUCUCAGAGGAAGAGAAGGCCAACAUGGAGGAGAGGACUCUUAAACACGGUGGCCGUUAUCUUGAGGUUGGAGAUGAAAGCUGUACACACAUGGUGGUGGAGGAGAACUCGGUAAAGGAGCUGCCAUUUACUCCCUCCAAGAGACUCUUUGUGGUCAAACAGGAGUGGUUCUGGGGAAGCAUUCAGAUGGACGCUCGGGCUGGAGAGUCCAUGUACCUCUACGAAAAGAAUGACAGUCCAGCCAUGAAGAAGGCAGUGUCCCUCCUGUCCCUCACGACCCCCAACAGUAAUCGUAAGCGUCGGCGUCUGAGGGACACUCUGGCUCAGCUCACCAAAGAGACAGAGAUCUCCCCCUUCCCUCCACCACGCAAAAGGCCAUCAGCAGAGCACUCCCUGUCCAUGGGCUCUCUGCUUGACAUCUCUAACACGCCUGAGACAUGCAAGGCCUUGACAGAGAGCGCGAAACCUUCCAGGAUCUCGACUCCGGUUGUGUCCAAGCAGUCAGCCAGGUGGCAGGUCUCCAAGGAGCUCUACCAGACUGAGUGCAACUAUGUAGACAUUUUAAGCACCAUCCUACAGCUCUUCAAACAUCCACUGGAAAAGGAGGGGCAGGUGGGCGGACCCAUCCUGGCUCAGGAAGAACUUAAGACGAUAUUUGGCAGCAUCCCAGACAUCUACGAGGUUCACACCAGAAUAAAGAGUGACCUUGAGGAACUCCUGACUGACUGGUUAGAGGAGAAGAGCGUCGGAGACAUCAUUCUCAAAUACUCUAAAGAGCUGGUGAAGGCCUACCCACCCUUUAUCAACUUCUUUGAAAUGAGCAAGGAGACCGUUGUUCGGUGUGAGAAACAAAAGCCACGCUUUCAUGCUUUUCUGAAGAUCAACCAAGCCAAGCCAGAGUGUGGUAGGCAGACACUGGUGGAGCUGCUCAUCAGACCAGUACAGAGACUGCCUAGUGUGGCCCUUCUUCUUAACGACAUAAAGAAACAUACAUCAGAUGACAACCCUGACAAGAUAACACUGGAGAAAGCAAUUGAUUCUCUGAAAGAAGUCAUGACUCACAUCAAUGAAGACAAGAGGAAGACUGAAGGCCAGAAGCAGAUCUUUGAUGUUGUCUAUGAAGUUGAUGGCUGUCCUGCCAACUUGCUGUCCUCACAUCGCAGUCUGGUUUGCCGAGUAGAAACAAUCGCCCUGGGAGACCAGCCAUGUGACCGCGGAGAACAUGUCACGCUCUUCCUCUUCAAUGACUGCCUUGAGAUUGCCAGGAAACGGCACAAGGUGAUCAAUACAUUUAAGAGUCCACUGGGACAGACAAGACCACCGCCACCACUCAAACACAUUGCACUGAUGCCGCUGUCCCAGAUUCGAAGAGUGCUGGACCUGCAGGACACAGAGGAGUGUGUGAAUGCAUUUGCCUUGGUGGUUCGGCCUCCGACUGAACAGGAGAACUUGUUGUUCAGCUUCCAACUGGCCGGAGAGGAAACGGUUAAAAGCGCCUGGCUGCGAACACUUUGCCGCCAUGUUGCCAACACCAUCUGCAGGGCUGAUGCGGAGGACAUGAUUCAGUGCACAGACCCAGACUCACUACAGGUCAGCACCAAGGAUAUGGACAGCACCCUGAGCAAAGCCUCCAGGGCCAUUAAGAAGACCUCUAAAAAGGUGACGAGGGCGUUCUCCUUCACAAAGACCCCAAAGCGUGCGAUCCAGAGGGCGUUCAUGGCCAACAGUACUCCAGAUGAGAAAACCCAGAGGCUGAGUUGUGAAAACCGUAUCGGCAGCAGCUCCACACUGGCUAUGUCUCGCUCUGCCUCUACGUUCAGUUUGAGUGAUUCGACCAAGAGCAGUGCUGCGGUGCAGCGCUCAAACUCUCUCGACCACCCUCCUGUCAGAGCCAGGGUCCCUGUCUGUAUCCGUACCCCUUGCAGCCCAGGCCAAAACCCUGCCCGUAGCCCUGGUCCCAGCACCGCCCCCAAGUUCAUUCAAAACCCCUGCCCCAACCACUGCCCUAGCACCCAAGAACCCAAGUCCAUCCUUCAUGCUCCAUUACUGACCCAACCAGCACAACCUCAUUCAAGCCUCCCCAUUUCCCAGCCGUCUACCCUUUCUACCCACUAUACCUCCACCUCCGUUCCAGCUGCCCGACACUCUGCUCAGCUCAGCUCCAGAAAGUCCCAGCCAAAAUCUACCCAACAUGUGUCUAGACAUCUACCCUCAGUAGGCAUCCAGCUAGGGUCUCUGGCUCCUCAGCCUGUUAAUGUCAAAGGCAGGACCUUUUCUGAGUCAUGCAGGGAUCCCCAAGUCCCCUUGGACCCACACAAGGCUGUCCUGACCAGUCAUCGCAGGGAGACUCUGCUCUAAACCUUCACUAAACUCAAUCCUGGAGCUUCAUGCGCACCAUUCCCCCUCCAUGGUCAAUCUGCCGACCAUGUUUGAGAGGAAGUACCACACAUUCAGCCGUUCCACCACCCACCUCAUCUGAGAUGCACCUGCCAUGGUCAGCCCAUCUUUUCACCUCCUUUGCCUUGACUGCUGCUAAGUGCAAGGUCUGACCGCACAGUCCUAUGUGUACAAAGUUAAAGUUGCGUAUGACAAAGUAGUAUUUGUCCAUACAGAAGCUCUGACAAACACACCCAGAAGAAACUACAUGUAGCCACGUUUGGAACAAUGCACUGAAGCAAGGGACAUGAAUCUGAUAUGUGGCAGUAUCAGAAUAGUGCAGCUCGUGCUCAGAGUGCUGCCUAACUGGAACUUCAGCCACGUAGGGUUGAAACAGUAACCGACUUUUCAUCAGCCUGAAGCCUAUCAUGUGAUGCAUUCAGCUAAAACUGGUCUGUGUUACUGAGAACUCACAAGGUAAAGAUCAAACCGUUCCUGAUCUGACAGGAGGGCGGAUUGGUGCGCCUUUCCAAACAUACAUACACAAUGCUUGCACUUAGACUGAGCUAACUGAAACGGUACUACACCAGGGGCUACAGGUGUGUGGCUAACACUGGUUCUGGGGAGGUUUGCCUUAAAAAUGAAGGAAUUACUGCUUUUUGUCUGCAUUCGUUAAUAGAUUAUUUCAAUCAUCAAUCAUUUUUAGCUGAUAUACUUUACCAGACACACAUUGUUAUUUACGUGUGUACAUACGUCGUCUGUUCAGAUUCCCGAUUUGUCGCCAUUGUUCAGUCGAAUGUUAAACACUAACUAUAGACCAAGUGAACAGCAUGUCUCAUCUUGUGGAUUAAAUGGAGACUUCAUGCUGUCCUCAGAUGCCCUGGACGCUCGUUUUAUUUCGCUGUGCUGUGGUAAAGUAAAUUAACGUUUAACUGUAGAUGUUGAGGUAUUUCUGUGAAGGUGACAGAUAACACGGGCAGGUUGUUAACCUCUGUGUGCUGGGUGCACUACUUAAAACUGACUUCUCUUCCUCUUUACUGUGUCAUGGUUUUCUUUAAUUAAUUUACUUUGUGAGAGACCUUAAUAUUAACUUACAUUUAAUGUUGUUUUAUUGUAAUGGGGGUAGACUUGAUUUCACCUUAUAUAACAAUACUAAUUAACCCACCUUCCUAAAGUAAACUUGUGAUAGCUUCCAGCUUUUAUAAAGCUUCUAUUUUAACAUUUAAGAGAUUCGGUUGAGAAGAAUAAAAGUGUUUCCUGUGCGCCCGUCCAUGUUUUAAAAGAGGUUUUUACAGUGUGUCCACUUUGUGUCUGUGUGUCUGUGUCUGUGUUGGAGAAGGGAUGCUGCACCACUGUACAUAUUUAUUCCUGACGAAUACAUUUUAUACCCGUUUUCUUUUUUCUUUUGUUAUUUAUGUUUUUUUCCCCACUUCUGUAACUGUCCUUUAGCUAAUGCUGUUUUCAUUGAGCUUUCAUCUCUGUAUUAAAUGCACUUGAAGAUUUAAGCCUUUUUUUUUUUUUUUUUGACUCUUUGUCUUUCAUCAAAUCUAAAAAAAAAUAUAUAUAUAUAUACUCACUCUGUUCAUUUGUGGGGGGAGCUGACUA